AUGGUCAGGAUCUCGGUUCUGAACGAUGCCCUCGUGAGCAUUGUGAACGCUGAGCGUCGCGGCAAGCGUCAGGUUCUCAUCCGUCCAUCGUCCAGGGUUGUGGUCAGGUUCUUGAGUGUCAUGCAGAAGCACGGCUACAUUGGUGACUUUGAAAUCAUUGAUGACCACCGCGCCGGCAAGAUCGUGGUCCAGCUUGUUGGCCGUCUCAACAAGUGUGGUGUUAUCUCGCCACGUUACCCCGUUCCGCUGAGCGAGAUGGAGAAGUGGGUGUCGGCAAUGCUUCCAGCUCGUUCGUUCGGCUUUGUGGUCCUCACCACCUCGUCGGGUAUUAUGGACCAUGAGGAAGCUCGCCGGAAACACGUAUCGGGCAAGAUCCUCGGUUACUUCUACUAA